AUGAAUGAUCAAAUCGAUAUUCCUCCUGGUCUCGCAUCUCGACUAUUAUCUAAAACUAAAGGACCAAAUAAGCUAGAUUUUGGUCAAAAAGUUCAACUUUCCUUAGAUUGGGUCGGAGAACACCCAGCAGGGAGACUAAAGAUUGGAAUCUUCAGAAAUGAUCAAGGGAAUAUUGUAGUUAAUGCUUCUGUUUUUAGUGCUGUUAUUGAUGUAAAGCCAAGAUCUCUUCAAAAGAACUUUUCUAUAUUUGGUUUUCACAAAAUUGAAGUAUUAGAAAAGGGAAAAUGGUAUGUUUAUUCGAAAACUGCUCCAAGAAAUUCAUUAGAAUCAGUAUAUCAGAUUCCGGAAGGCAUUCCUUCAGAGCUAUGGUCCAUAUUUUUAUCAACACAAUGGAAUAACUUUUGUAAACUCUAUCCAGAGCAUUUAUCAGUUGAUUUUGGAAAAUUUAUCCCAUCAAGUUUUGCUGGAUUCGCUCAAAUUGAUCAGUUAAUUAAAUUUAUAUAUCAUUCAGAUAUUAUCACUCCUGAAAUCUUUUGUUCCAUAUUUUAUCACUUUGGACCAUUUUCCUCUGUUGGGACAAAGCUUCCAACCCUUUUUAUGUCGAUAAUUUCACGAGGUUGGAAAAUAGGAAAUGAAAAGUUUUCAGUUUCUUUAGAAAGACCAAAUGUUUUUGUAUUUAAAGAUGAAACAAAGAGUGUUAAGUUAAUGAAUGAUUCUAGCACUGAUUCUGAUAAAGAUUGGUUGAAAUUGGAAGAUGGAUCUGUUAUCAACUUGGAAGAGUUCUGGUUCCAAUAUUUUCCCUACGCAUCACCUUCCAUAAGUUAUAUUGCUGAAUCAACUGUUAAAUUCCUUUAA